CUGGUUAUAAGUGGGCAUUCAGAUUCGCACCAACUGCAUCCAUGUCCAAUUGCUUAUAAUCAAAUAAGACACAGCCUAAUAGUGUCUAUUCUCUUGAAUAGGAUAAAGAAUGGAAGUUCAGGAAACUGGAAAGAAACAGUAUCAUUUAGAAAGGCUGAAACCAUAUCUCUUGAGUAUAUUUACAUCUUUUUGUCAGGCUGGAUUCAACAUAAUCACUAAGGUUUGCUUAGAAAAUGGCAUGAGUCGUUUUGUCCUUGCUGCCUAUGGAUUUGCUAUCGCAGCUGUAAUUACAUCUCUUCUUACACUGCUUUUUCAAAGGAACAAAGUAAGAAAGCUCACUGUACCAAUCUGCCUAAAUAUCUCCCUGCUGGGUUUGCUAGGAGUUUCAGGUAAAAUAAUGCUCUUCACUGCUCUGGGAUACACUUCUGCAGCUUUUGCAGCUGCCUUGAUGAACUUAGCUCCACCAAUGACCUUUCUUUUGGCAACUGUAUGCAGGAUGGAGAAGUUAGACAUUGCCAAGCUAAGUGGCCAAGCGAAAAUUGGAGGAACUGCACUUGCAUUUGGUGGAGCCACACUCAUGACCCUGUACAAGGGUAUCACUGUGUUUUCAAUACAUUCUCCCCACGAUCAUCAAAAUGCUGCAUCAAAAGCUUUUUCAGAUAAGAACUUGAUGAAGGGUUCCCUCUUGCUUGUUGCCCAAAGCUUUAUAUCAGCAGUAUACUUCAUCUUACAGACCAAAACAAUAAAAGGAUAUCCAGCUCCUUUAGCUCUUACCGCAUUAACAAGAUUAGCAGCGACUCUAGUUGCAACAGUUAUAGCAGUAAUUAUAGACCAUGAAGCUUCAGCGUGGAGAUUGUCUUGGGACAUCACUCUUCUUGCUCCACUCUAUAAUGGCAUUAUGAUUCUUGGACUCACAGUUUAUGUACAAACAGUGGUGAUACAGUGCAAAGGUCCGGUCUUUAUGAUAGCGUUAAGGCCACUCACAGUAAUAAUUGUGGCCCCCAUGGGACUGCUAAUUUUAGGCGAGGCAUUGCAGCUGGGAGGGAUAAUUGGGGCUAUACUGAUAGUAAUUGGGUCGUAUGCAAUUUUAUGGGGAAAGAAAGUAGAGGAAAAGAGGUCUAUGGAGCCUCCAAUAUGUGAACAAGAUGUGGAGAUUAAAUCAGAAAAGUAAAGCUGACACUUGUUUAAUUACAUCAAUUUGGAGCAUAUAUGAAGCUUAUUUCUACCUCUCCUUUUUCUUUCACUCAGCUUAAAACAUUAGUAAGCAGAAAUAUAUAUUUAGCAAUCUUGCCUGAACUGGUACACAAUUAGAUAUCAGUACACAAUCCAAAGCAAUAAUCGUAUACUUGAUCUUUGAUAUGUAAAACAAGAAUAUAUUUAUCCAUCGAAUGGUAUAAGAAUUACAUCCAAGCUAUGUAACUGAGAAAGUGAACAAAUCCUGAAA